AUGGCUGCUGACGGUGCUAUUGCGUUUCGUGGUGCGCUCGGGCGGAUCGGAUGGUCUGUUCCUGCGGCGAACGCGUUUACGAACGAAGGUUUUGAUGCGAUGGACUCCCUUGGCUUGGUUACUCGUGACCGUCUCAAGGAUAUCUGCAAGAUCAUUCGUCGCGGUACCGAUGGUGUGGCCGCAGUGCCAGCUGCUGGUGGAAAUGCUGCGGUGGCGGCGGCGCCUGGCAUCCCUGGGAUAGCGAUCCCCAUGAUGUGGGAGUACAAGCUAAGCGGAAUGCAUCUCUGGGUGUCUGAGCGUCUCCGACAGGGGACUCCGGUUGUUGCGGCGGACUUUACUGCGGCUAUCAGAAACCUGUACACCAGGAAGGUGCGUGAACUAGAAGAAGCGAAGGAUGAGGAGGAUGUCCAAGUCAAGCCUCCGGCUCCGUUCUCGAAGGAAACGAAGUGGAUUCCGUUCUUCAAAGCACGAGAAGUUGGUGUUGUCCACCCCUCAUACGGGGACGCAUUUGACAAAGAUAACGGAAAAGUUUGGAUUCAAGUGAAGCGGUUGACUGUAAACGGUCCGGCGUGGACUUAUGUUGCGCCUUUCGAGAAGAAACGCGAUGGUCGCGGCGCAGUCAAGGCUUUGAACAGCCAUUAUGAAGGUGAUGCGGUAAUGUCCAAGUCCAAGGCCGCUGCGUUCGACGUGCUCGAGCACACCACCUACACUGGUGAGCGUCGUAACUUCGGGAUGGAAAAGUACACAAAUGCUUUGUCGACGGCGUUCCAGACUCUCAACGAGUAUGGAGAGACCUUGACGGAGUCCAGGAAAGUAGAUGUCUUCUUGCGCAACAACCAUUGCACGGAUCCCAAGAUGCUCUCGGGAAUUGCGGUAAUUCAAGGCGACGCGGACCGCAUGUCUAACUUUGCAAAGGCGGCCGAUUAUUUGGCCUUGUUUACUAACACUGAUACCUCUCAGAAGACAGGCCGUUCAAUCUCGA